AAGGAGAAGGGAGGGGCAUUUAACGGUGGUGGCUGGUUCUGCGCCGGAUCCGGGAGUCGGGCGGACGCCAUUGUGAUUCGGGGCCGACUCUUCUGCCUCUGUUAGAGGCCUUAACUCCGAGGAGGAAGGCGGCGGUGUGAUCGCUGGAAGCGGGACGGGCCCUGUUCAGUGCCAGCUCUGGAGCAGGGGAAACAUUAAGAAUGGAGUCUAAACCUUCAAGGAUUCCAAGAAGAAUUUCUGUUCAACCCUCUAGCUCUUUAAGUGCUAGGAUGAUGUCUGGAAGCAGAGGAAGUAGUUUAAAUGAUACCUAUCACUCAAGGGACUCUUCGUUUAGACUGGAUUCUGAAUAUCAGUCUACAUCAGCAUCAGCAUCUGCAUUACCAUUUCAGUCUACAUGGUAUAGUGAGUCUGAGAUAACUCAGGGAGCACGUUCAAGAUCGCAAAACCAGCAACGGGAUCAUGAUUCAAAAAGACCUAAACUUUCCUGUACAAACUGUACAUCUACCUCAGCUGGGAGAAGUGUUGGACAUGGUUUAAAUGCAGCAUCAGAUUCUUCUUGGAGGCAUAGUCAAGUUCCCAGAUCGUCAUCAGUGGUACUUGGAUCAUUUGGAACUGACUUAAUGAGAGAGAGGAGAGCAGAUUCCUCCAUUAGUAAUCUUAUGGAUUAUAGUCACCGAAGUGGUGAUUUCACAACUUCAUCAUAUGUUCAAGACAGAGUUCCUUCUUCAUAUUCACAAGGAGCAAGACCAAAAGAGAACUCUUUGAGCACUUUACAAUUGAAUACAUCAUCUACAAAUCACCAAAUGCCUUCUGAACAUCAGACCAUACCAUGUUCUAGGGACUCUGGUAGAAAUUCUUUAAGAUCAAAUUUUUCUCCAAGAGAAUUAGAAUCUCCCCAAAGCAGUAUACAGCCUGGAUUUUCUUAUAUUUCAAAUAGAGGUGAAACCUCAACUAUAGGCAGUUCAAAUAGGGUUGGCUCAUCUCCAAGAUCAUUUCAAGAAUCUUCUGACAAUGAAGGUAGGCGUACAACAAGGAGAUUGCUGUCACGUAUAGCUUCUAGUAUGUCAUCUACUUUUUUUUCACGAAGGUCUAGUCAGGAUUCCUUGAAUACAAGAUCAUUGAGUUCUGAGAAUUCUUACAUUUCUCCAAGAAUCUUGACAGCUUCACAGUCUCGUAAUGCAGCAUCAGCUUCUGAUGGUCCUGAUAACAGGGCAUCCGAAGCUUCUCAGGGAUUUCGAUUUCUUCGGCGAAGAUGGGGUUUGUCAUCUCUUAGCCAAAAUCAUAGCUCUGAGCCAGAUUCCCAGAAUUUUAACCAAGAAUCUGAAGGUAGAAAUACAGGACCAUGGUUAUCUUCCUCACUUAGAAAUAGAUGCACACCUUUGUUCUCUAGAAGGAGGCGAGAGGGACGAGAUGAAUCUUCAAGGAUAUCUACCUCUGAUAUACCAUCUAGAUCUCAUCAUAUUUUUAGAAGAGAAUCAAAUGAAGUGGUUCACCUUGAAGCACAGAGUGAUCCCCUUGGGGCUACUGCCAGCAGACCACAAGCAUCUGCAGCACCAAGCAGUGCUGCUACGGGUGGCUCCAUAUCGGAUUCGGCUCACAGUGGACGAAGUACAGGAAUAACAGGGAUCCUUCCUGGUUCCUUAUUCCGAUUUGCAGUGCCCCCGGCACUUGGAAGUAAUUUGACCGACAAUGUCAUGAUCACUGUAGAUAUUAUUCCUUCAGGUUGGAGUUCAUCUGAUGGAAAAAAUGAUAAAACUAAAAGUGUACCCUCAAGAGACCCAGAAAGACUGCAAAAAAUAAAAGAGAGCCUCCUUUUAGAGGACUCUGAAGAAGAAGAAGGUGAUUUAUGUAGAAUUUGUCAGAUGGCAGCUGCAUCAUCCUCUAACUUGCUGAUAGAGCCAUGCAAGUGCACAGGAAGUUUGCAAUAUGUCCACCAAGAGUGUAUGAAAAAAUGGUUACAGGCCAAAAUUAACUCUGGUUCUUCGCUAGAGGCUGUAACCACCUGUGAACUCUGUAAAGAGAAGUUGCAGCUUAACCUGGAGGAUUUUGAUAUUCAUGAACUACAUAGAGCUCAUGCAAAUGAACAAGCUGAGUAUGAGUUUAUCAGCUCUGGUCUCUACCUAGUUGUGUUACUGCACUUGUGCGAACAAAGCUUUUCUGAUAUGAUGGGAAAUACGAAUGAACCAAGCACACGUGUCCGAUUUAUUAACCUUGCAAGAACUCUUCAGGCACAUAUGGAAGAUCUCGAAAGUAGGUGGAAUUUCCCCUCCCCAGACUUGUUGAAUUUACUUUUGCAAAUUAAACCCACAGAGCAAAACCUAAGUAUAUAUAUACUCUUUCUACCAAAUUAGAGCUUCAUUUAUAGGCUUAAUAAUACCAGAAUAAUUGAUUUGGGAAAGAUGGGUUGGGCAACUGACACUAGUUUUUUAAGAGCCUAUUUUUUAAAAAUUAAAUUAAUUUUAAUGUAUGGAAGGGUGUUAUUAUAACCAUCGGUAUUUUAUUUAAAAUAAAAAAAUAUAUUUAAUCACCUUAAUUUUAACACUUUUAAUGUUAACACUUUUUUAAAAGAAGACGUUUAACUACUAAUCAAAACACACUUCUUUAGAUUUUUUGUGUGUGAAAUUUUACUUGUUCUUUAGCUUUGUUAGAUCAUAAAAGGUGUUCCCUGGGUUUAUAUACAGUUCUAGGAAUAUAAUGGUGAAAGAGUCCUAAUUCUGAGUCCCUAACAGAAGCCAUAGUUUUUUGUUUUUUUUUUUGCUCCUUGUUCAGGUCCUCAUGGACCUUUAAUAGGCAGCCAGCUCCGCCAGCAGCUCCAAUCUCUUAAGAUCACGUUCCAGCUUUAGGACUUCUGCCUGGGCUCCUAUGUGAAGGCACUUAAUGCCCAAAUCUUUACAGGCAUCUGCACAGCUUACCCUCUUCUCAAAGUCCUACAACCUCCAGGGUGCUUCAUACCAGGUGGGCACAGAUAUUGGUGGCUCUGGAACAGUUCCUGGGAAUCCAAGAUUACCCUAUUGUGCUUUUUCACCCAAAGCAACUGGCAUCCCAUGAUCAGAUUCCAGUACACUCUUUGAAGUGUUUUUAUAUAUGUAUUCUCCAAUUGAUUAUCUUCUAUCCUCAUCUUCAAAAUACUUGGACUGUUAACCUGUAGUGUGCAUAAUAUUUUUACCUCUAGAGAAAGCUUAGCAUCCUUUGAAGUAAGGUUUUUUUUAAGUUUUAAAAGGAUUAGAGGUACAACUAGGUAAUGCAUUUUCACAAUUUUAGUUAGUAUGUGUGGAAAUGGUAUAUAAAGGAAUCAAAUGGUAUAAUAAAGUGGGACUUCAUUAGUGUAAAUCUUUUUUUCCUUCAUUCCUUCUUAGUUCAGAUCCAUCAUGUUAGCUAGUACAAAGAUUAGUUCUGUCUUUUGUAAAUUAUAAUUGAUACUUUGUCAAAUGUGAUGAGAGUAAUUUGUUGCAGUGUACAUUUUCCCCAGAUUGCUUGUUUUUUUUCAACUAACAUUCUCAUUUAGAAUUUAGUUUUCUAAACAUAUAGGAGGGUCUACUCCCAACCUGUGAAUGAGAGGAAAAAGGUGAAGUUGAAAUAUAUACCCAGACUCAACUGAGAGUGAAAGAUGUGGGUGCUACAAGUUAACUUCUAAGUACUAGAGUAUUAAUACAUUCUGAAAAUUGGUUCUGACUGAAUUUUGUUCUGUAGAGUUAAUCCAAUAGAAAACAUGAGAAAUUCUCUGAAAAGCUAUUUUAUUUUUUAGUUUAACAUUUCUCCAUGAUAUUGCAUAAAAGUUAAGCAUAGGAUUUACUCUUCAUGAGCUAAGUAUAUGCUUGAUAUUUAUUUAAAGUGGAUUUUAAAUUUCUGCAAGGUAAAUAUAUGGAGAUUGAAGUUUCAUCUAUACGUGUUGCAUAAUUUUUUCUUGUUGAUUCCAUUUGCUGGUUGCCCUUAAAUUGUCCAGUAUUAAAUACAAGAAGAGUGUAUAUUUAACCUUUCUGCCCUUGAUAAUAGGGGAAAUGCCGGUAGGAUGUUUAGUGAACUUCCGUUUUCCUUCACAUGCAGACAGUUACAUAGUCUUGUACUUACUGUGUCCUUCUUAAAGACGUUCGUGGAAGUUUUAUAUUAAACUCUUGAGCCACUAAUGACUUUAAAAUAAAUUGAGGUCGGACAUGUUGCGAGAGUGAUAAAUUUCUGACAAUGUGGAGGCAUAGGAAUAAUCUCAACAAAAGGUUUUUACUAAAUCCAAUUAUAUCAACUUAGGCUGUGUCUAUAUAAAGCUUUUUUGACUGACUAGAGCUUUUUCUUGGCAUUGUAUAGACAUAGCUCUGAUGUAAAUUUCAAGAACACCCAUAACCUGUUAUUCUAUGUACAUUUUUUUCAUUCUCAUCCGAUACAUCAAACAUGCAGCGGUAAUAAGCCAGAUUCUACUCAGGUGUGUGAGAGCACUUGCCUUAAGUUUACUCUUUCUUUCUCUAGUGUAUUUCUCAUUAGCUACUAUGAACACAAAUUGAUCUCAGAAACUUUUUAGAUGUUCUUGGAUCACAUUUUUAAACAUUUUCAUUUUAAUAAAAACUAACAGAAGAAAAAAGUGUGGGGGUGGGAGCGUUGUAGACGGGCCUCACCCACAGUCAGACCGCCCUAACCCUGGCAUAUACUACAUUGGGGUUUUUAUCGUACAAGUCAUUGCUGUUCUGGCUUCAUACUUACACUUCCAUUCUCAUCCCCCUUAAAAUCAUUCUUGAUCAUCCUGUUUUCUUUCAACAGCUUCAGAGGAUGAUUCUGAAGAAGAUGGAGACCAUAACAGAACAUUUGAUAUUGCCUAACUUCACAUGAGACAAAUGGAUGAUCUGUGAACAGUGUUUAUUAAAACUGGCAAUUAAGUAUGAAUUAAUUUUCUGGGGAAAUACCUAUUGAAUACAUUUACUGUCUAUAUAUAUAUAGAAUGAAAAAAUAUAUAUAUAUACACACACAUAUUAUGCAUGUAUAUAUAUGUUCAUUCUCAAGUGUUGCUGAAUUAAAAUUCUGCUGGGCCUUUUAACAUGGCCAGUGAAUCUGAUGUUUAUAAACUGGUAAUUAAAAGUAUUUUUCUUUUAGAUGAGUGGGGAAAGUGUUACCCUUGUUUUAAAUAUCUAAGCAAUGCUGACAGCCCUUUUUUGUGUUGUGAUUACUGUAGUUAUAUUUAUGAAAAAAGGUUGGUGUUUUAGUCUCGUUAGUGAAAAAAGUGGGACAAAGUAUGCUUUUAGAAUAAAUUGCCAAAUGGCACCUAAUUAUUUUUCUUUUUAAAAUGCCUUAAGUUGCGGUCUCAUUUUCAUAAUCACUUGCUUCCAGUGUUUAAAAAAAAAAAAGAAUGGGGAGAAAGUUAAGAAGAGCAUUCAUUAUAUUAGGUUUCCAAAUUUAAUUUGAAUUCUAAAUUCACUUAGCAAUGGUCUAAUUUUUAAAAUAUAUAAAGUGUACAAAUGGAUAACUUUUUGUAUUGAUGUGCAAAAUGCAGAUUAUAUUUGAUAGGCCAUAGUAUGUAGAUAUUCCUUUUAGGAAUAUUACAGCUGUAAAUUAUAUCAGAAUUGCCAGUCAGAUGCUAUUUGGUUAAAAAUAUUAUUGCAGUCUCAAGUUAAAUAUUUUUAAAUCCCACAUUCAGAAUUUAAAACACUGGUUUUCAAUGUGUUUUUUAGUGUUGUCACUUCUUUAUAGAUAAAUAUGAUAUAAAUAACCUGUUUGGAUCCUGGUCGUUUUUAACUGUUCCUUGGUAAUUCUAAGCAUUUAUUUGAUGACUUAAUAUUUUUCACUACCUUUAGAGAAGAGAUGAACAUUAACUGUUCACCAUACUGUGGUCCUGAGUUGUGUAUAUGUCCAUAACACUGUAUAUUUUCUCUGUCAACACCCUUAGGAUACACUUAAAAACGCCUGCAGGUGGGUUUCAGGUUAAAUAAAGUCUUUUGUCCAGCUACUUUUUCAGAACCCAAAUAGAAACCAUGUAAUUUCUCACAUGUGAAUCAACAGUUUGCCCACAUUCAGUCAGAUUGUUGGUCUUAAUGUAAAACUUCGGCUUGAAAUAAAGUGCAUACUGAUUGAUUUACUAUA